UUUUUUCCUUUUUAUUGGCCAGUUUAGGAAAAAGAGUGUGGGGGUGCUAAAAACUGUUAAUGUUAAUACUGUGACACAUAGUUUGGCCCUGAGUCUUGGACGUGGGCCAAAAUGUGCUUUCAGUUAUCGCUUGGGAAUCUUCCUAGUUCCUUUAAUGUGAAUUCUAGUAAUGCGCAAGUGAUGCUUUCCCUGUUUUGAAUGGCACCAAGCUCCGCUGAUUGCUGCAGGAAAUGCUCCACCACUGCUUCCUUCACUGUCUUCCACCUCUUUUGGUGAAACUGGUGUCAUGGAGAAAUCCUUGUCAGUUUCACCAGGGCACACAAUGAUUAAAAAAUAAGCGCUGCAUCUGACAAAAUGUUUUCCCAACCAUGACAGUGUCACCAGAGACACGGGAGAGGAGGUUGGCCCUCAAGGAAAGGCCCAUGCAGCAGAUGUCUAUGAUCAAAGUGGGAUGAGGAGAAGAAAUUAGGAGGUGGGCUUAAGAUUAUGCUGCACUGAAUUCCACCAAGGACAAGUGGUAGGAAGGCUUUGGGCCAGGUGUGAACCUUUGGAAGCCUGUCCUUCUGCCUUUGCCUGGUCAAUGGAGAAAUACCUUCAAGUCUCACUGCUCCAGUUGAAGUUCCAACAGGGAACCUGGGUUGAAAAAACACCUACCCAGGUCUGGAUGUUGGAAGGCAAAUGAACUGAUGUCUUGAUCAUUAAGCAACAAGUAACAUCCAGGGCUGGAAGCAGGACUGGCAGCCUAUAAAAUGCAAAACCUGUGAGAGGCUUGGCUGAGUUAGAGCCAACAUUAAGCAGGCACGUGCACACAAGAACUGGGCCUAGCAAUUGCUUGUUCAAGGGUGCAAGAAUGCCAAGGUGGUCAGUACAAACAGAGACCAAGCAGAAGUCAAGGCUUCAACAGGCCAGGGCACAGGAUACCGGUUUCCAAGGCAACAUAGCAAACAACAGCAGAGAGAAGAAGACAUCGAGUUCAAUCCAGAGGUAUUCAUGCUAAGAUUAAGUCAACCAAGCAAUCUGGAGUCAAGCCAAGUGAAGCUACAGUCAGAUAAAUGGAAGAUCUGGAGACUCGCAAAGCACGGAAGAUAGAGCAGAUGGUAGCAAAAUGGCUGCGUCGGUCACGGGAUAAUUCAGCCAGGGGGAGAGCAUCUGUGAGUGACGGACCCUCAGACGGAAUUAGCCAACCUGCAAGCCAUGUAAAACUCACGGUCGAUGUCCAAAAGGAUGAGCUGCUUGGGCAUUAUGGCUUUGAGGUUUCCCAGCAGCUUCCCCUUCUUGUCACAUCUGUUGCUGCAGGCAGCACUGCUGACGGGAAGCUUCUGCCGGGGGAUCACAUUCUUGCAAUAAACAGCAAAGCAGCAGAAGAUGUAACUGGUGAAGAAGCAGCCACUCUUUUAAGGGAAUCGCAAGACACUCUCCAGUUUACAGUUCUCCGAUGCACCUCGGGGGGCCCGAAAUCAUCCUUUCUUACAGCUGAGAAAAGAGCCAGGCUAAAGACAAAUCCUGUUAAAGUCCGCUUUGCUGAAGAAGUCGUUGUGAAUGGACAUACUCAGGGAAGUUCUCUCUUAUGCAUGCCCAAUGUUCUCAAGGUAUACUUGGAAAACGGGCAGACAAAAGCUUUCAAGUUUGAGGCAAACACAACUGUCAAGGACAUUAUCCUUACUUUGAAAGAAAAGCUUUCCAUUCGAAGUAUUGAUCAUUUUGCCUUGGUCUUGGAAGAGCAGUAUAACAUAUUGAAGAUGUAUCUCCUACAUGAGGAUGAGCGCAUCGAACAGGUAGUUCAGAGGAAAGAGUCUCAUGAUUUUCGGUGCCUUUUCAGAGUCUGCUUUAUCCCCAAGGAUCCACUGCAUCUGUUGCAACAAGAUCCAGUUGCCUUUGAGUAUCUCUACUUGCAGAGCUGCAGUGAUGUGCUGCAGGAGAGAUUUGCUGUCGAGAUGAAGUGCAGCGUCGCUUUGCGCUUGGCUGCGCUGCACAUCCAAGAACGAAUCAUCACUUGUGCUCAGCCACAGAAAGUCUCCCUCAAGUAUAUAGAGAAGGACUGGGGAAUAGAAAACUUUAUCUCUCCAACUUUACUCCGAAAUAUGAGGGGCAAAGAUAUCAAAAAGGCCAUUAGCUUUCACAUGAAGAGGAAUCAGCUUUUGCUGGAUCCGAGACAAAAGCACCUCCUCUCUGCAGCACAGGUGCGUCUUUGUUACCUGCAGAUUCUUGGAGACCUGAAACUCUAUGGAGGAAAGAUCUUUAAUGCCACUCUCAUGCUGCAGGAUAGAGAAUCGUGUGUUGCCCUCCUGGUAGGAGCCAAAUAUGGAAUCAGUCAGGUUGUUAAUAACAAACUAAACAUCAUAACCAUCUUAGCAGAAUUUGCUAACAUCAGCAGACUGGAACUUACAGAAGAAUCGGACAAAGUGAGCAUGGUAAAAAUCUACCUGCAAGAUAUAAAGGUGCUGACCCUGCUACUAGAAUCCAACAGCGCCAAAGAUAUGGCUUGCCUCAUCAGUGGCUACUACCGGAUGUUUGUAGAUUCAAGCAGCUCCAUAUAUUUCUGGGGGGAAAGGGAGCCCCAAAUGCACCGCUUCUCUGCUGAGGAAGGAUACGAAUCUAGAACUGGCAGCGACUCUGAGGAAUCUUCUGAAUGGGACUCCUCCUUGGACCGGUUUUCAGCAGCCCACUCACCCCAGCACAGUUGCCUUUGUCCUCCGCUUGAGGGGCAAAGGGAGCAGGAGGAGCCGGGGCAAGAAAGGAAGGAUCCAGAGGUCAAAGAGAAGAGCUUUUGCAAUGGGUACAGCACAAAUGAUAGCUGGUCGGAAGCCUCUGACUCUGCCAACCUGGGAAGCCGGGAGCUCAAAACCAGUGCGUCGAGCGACUCUAUGGAUGCGCUGGAGGAAGAUGAUUUAGAAGCGUGCUCCUCCAGCCAGCCUGAGUUUUUUCAUUUUUAUACCCCCACCGUGCAGGAACUGACAGGCAAUGACAAGGCCUUGUCAGGCACAGAGUGCGAAGAGGGGAGUCAAGCUGCAGAGGAAAGCGUCUUCUCAUUCCUCCUGCCCACCUCCCUCCCUCUUUCCACGCUUGCGCAGCCCGAGACACAAUUCCGGAAAGAAAGUGAAUCAUGUGCCUCUGCCGUGGCAUCCAGACUGGCAGAAAAUGACGCCAUGGAGUACUACAGUCUCUGCGCAAACAUCUCCCCUGCCAGUAGUGGAGAGAGGAACACCCAGAGCAACAGCCCCGAGUGCGGCUCUUGGAAUGGUCUAGAUGGAGAUGAAGGGAUCUGUGUUGGGAAAGGGGGAGCACCAGGCCUCAUUCUGGCCCCUCCACCUGGCUUUGGUGAUACCAGUUCAGACGAUGAAUUCUAUGACACAGCAGAAGCGGUGACACCUACAGAGAUGCAAGCAGGUUCCAGAGACCUGUCCCUACACAGUAUGGAGUGUUCAAACUCAGCAAAUGGGCCACCUGGUUGCAACUUGGGUGAAAACAUCCUUGCAAGACAAAGCAGAAGGACACCCAACCACAGGACAGGAAAGGAACCACGGUGCACCAACAGCCAGAGGAAAAGGAGGUCUUUCUUACAAACUAAUUAUACCUCACAUGUUACUUUCCCAGUGGCUUCACUUUGCUCUCUGAAGAACACUGAUUAUAUGUGCUCUGAAGGAGAAUGUGUCCUUCCAAGUCCUUCCUGCUCUCCAGUUGUGGUCUCUCUGAAAGACCCUACAAGAGAUUCUAAUGCCUCUGAAGCCCAGCAAGUCCAGUUGGCCAAAAAUGCAUCCCCUUCUGCUGAUUUAAUGGAGAUGGAGCCAGACUUAGUAGAAAUGAAGUCAGUCGCUGAUUCACCUAUGUGUCCUGCCCCAGUGGUUCGCCUCCAGGGUGCCCAAGAAAGUGGAACAAAUUCAGAUGUCAUCCCUUUCUCCUUGUCCACAGAACAGCGUAACAGUUCUUUGCUCACUUCCUGCAUUCCUGUUCACCAGAAGAAUUGUUUCAGUACAUCAGAGACCCCCUUUCAGCUGGAAGAAAUUAACCCCACAUACAAAGAAAAACUAGAAGAUGCUGCAGAAACAUCUGGGAGGGUCCAGGAACACUGUGGAGCAAACACAGGGUAUCAUACCAAGGAAGCAUUAGAGAAUAAAUUGGGAACAGCCCCACCAGGAAAAGGAGUCAGUUAUGUAUUGAUUGAGGAAAUAAUCCAUACAACUACCAAACCUCCCCGGUCUGUGCACAGUCCCGAAAGCAAAGAGUUGUCUUCUAUGUCAACCUCAGACCAGGACCUUCUUCCUGCCAAGCAGGUGGAGCAACAUGCACAGCUUCUAUUAGGUCCUUGCAAGAGAAUCAAAGGUGACCCCAUCUUGGAUGAAGCAAGCCAGGCCCUUGAAGGCUCACAGCUCCAAGAAAAUGCCAGCGGGAUGGUAAAUGAAGACUCCACUCAAAAAUCUGAAGGUGACAAAAUGCAUCAUUUCUCAGAAACAACUGAGCACUGUGAUGGUGCUUCAGGGAUAGUGAUGCGCCUCUCCCGGCUUGCUUUUAAUUCUAUGGUGGAUUGUGAAGACUCAAGCCAGCACAGUGAUGAUAAACACCAGGGAACCACUGUCCAUAGUGUCCCUCUUGUUAAUCAGGGCUCUCUAAAAGAUGAUGUCCUCAGUCAAGUGCCUCACCAUUUCUCAGCUGGGCCUCCUUCCUCCUUGACAGAACAUACUGGUGACCAGAAGCCAGAGGUGAAAGACCCCAUAGAAAAUGCCCUGCGUGUGGAUUAUAAACUGCCCCAUCCACUGGGUCUCCCUACAAAAGGGAAUAUGAAGCAGAGAGAAGUGGACAGUUCAGAUGUACUGGGCUUUUCAUUUAAUGAGUCACAUAAGUUGGCCAAACCUGGUGAAGACAGCCGUGUUUCAAAGCAAUCAUUUCUGUGUUCCAAGCACCCAACAGAAGAUGCAAAAGAAACAUUCUCAACUAGACAUAAAACGGACCGAUGCAGUUGCCAGUUGACCUAUGCGAGUUGUUUUCGUGGGUUGGACAAUGAGGCAGAAUUAGAAUGCAGUAGUCCAGUUGCCUGUAGUCCAUUGGAAGGGCCUUUAACUACCCCACCAUCAACAAGAAGCCCACUGAGUCUAGAUUUGAAUUCCACAAGGCUUGUUCAAGAACAUAGCUAUGUUAAUGGUAACCCCAGCGACUGUAAAAAUCAGGUGUGGCUUCCAGAGACUCCUAUCAGAGCACUGAACUGCAUAAAAGAUAGAACACGUACCUCCCAAUUUGACUUUCAGCAUUUGUUACAUAAUGUGGUAGAGCUACAGGAAAUCUUAAGGCAGUUUUGGGGGAACAGAAUAAAACAUUCCCGGGAUGAAUGUUCAGCUCAUUUUUCAGAACACAAGAACUCCUUGUAUGUGGAAUCACAACGGCUGAUGUCCAGUUGCCAGAAAGUUAUCAAAACGCAUGGGCCUUCCUCAGAGACUCAAAAUGCCAUUCAGGAGACCUUCCAGAACCUUCUCCAGCUGACAGAAAUGUGCAUUCAGUUCACAAACUGUGGCCUUUGCAGUAAGAGGCACAAAGACCUCACCAUCAAUCUGAGGGACGUUGUAUGUAGCUAUUGGCAAUUCGUGCAGGCAGCUAAACAAGCCUAUGACAGGGGCUACCCCCAGCUGAGCAUAAAACUCCUUGUGUGCCAGUACACUGCCCUCACUGCCGCCCUCUUCUGCCUAGUGCAACAAUUCAGGGCAUCGUCCUGCAUAUGAGUUCUCCCCAGGUGCCUCUCCAUCCUCAUGCUCUGGGCUUUGGUGGGGAAGCACCAGGCCAACCAUUCUCCCAGUGGAAAAUAGUGGCUGUGUCACAGCUAGGCUGAGGCAAGCGAUUCUACCAUUUGGCCUCAUUUUCAAUGCAGAGGUAGUCAACCUUUGGCCCACACCCUUAUUUCAUGUGGCCCUCAGACUUAUUUCAAAAGCGCUGUUCAUGUGGUCAGUUUAGAUCACUGGCAGGAGCAAUCUGGCAGUCCACUUGGGAGAAGGAAAAGAAAGUGGUGGGAAAGGUGGGACAUGUUUGGUUCUGGUGCAGACAGCUGUCAACAUGCAUCCCCUGCAGCACCUGACCAAAUGAAAUGGUUGGCCACCCCUGCUUUCAUGGAUGUUUAAGCAUACAUGAGUUGAAGUCAGCAAGAUCAGUCAUUCCUCACGUAGAACCAUAUUUUGAUGCAUGUCCAACUUGCUUUUUGUCUGGGAUUAAUCCCUUUUGCGUGACCCAGGGUCCUUGUCUGGUGUUAACCGCAGCAGUUGUAUGCAUGCACAUUGCAUCAAGUGUCUGUUUCUUGCUGAGCAUCCAUGCUUUAUAAGGCUAGCUGAUAGAAUACUGUCUGUCACAUGGAUCCAUGUAUUGAAAAUGCUCUCAUAUUACAGCUUUGGUGUAUGCUGCCAACCUCUGGAAAUACCGAGGUUAAAGAAAGCACACCACAGGCAUCUGUGUGUUUAUCUAAUGUAGGAGACUGCGUGUCAUUUCACCUCCUGGCUCCUCAAGCUGUCUGCUGCCCGCUGCCCAUGUUCAUCUCUUAGUAAUGCACCUGGCUAAGAGGGAUUAACAUAGUUCAAGUGUUGGUUGUUAAAACUCACGACUCACAGGAAGUGUUGGGGGAUGCUUUCCAGCACUCCUGAUCACAUGCUUCAGUGCCACAAUGAGGAGCUUACUCACUUGGGACAUGCCUUCUCAUCAGAGUGAUGAUGCAUUUCGUUUGAACAUGAUUCCAUUAGCAACAGGUACUCUGAAAGCUACGGAAAUGUGGUGUGCACAAUGGCCUGCUACCACUUAAUGUUAGCUUUCCACAAGCUGUUAGUGAUAUCUAAAGGGCCAGCCCAGAUGUACCCUGUUGGCUUAUCAAGUUGUGGACCUCAUGUGAAAGUAUUCUUAGUAACUUUGCUGCUCACUUCAUGCAUCUCAUACAGAUUAUACUGUCCUGUUGAAGUUUGUGCUGCAAUAAAUCAGUUAGUUUUGCCAUAGAACAUUGGUUGUCUUACUUCUGACCUGCAAGGUCUCCCCAGAAAGUUAAGGGCAUAUCCUCCGCACUGCAAAAAUGCCACGUUUAUGGUGUCAAGAUUGUAAGAUACUCAGCUGACAGAUUGAGAUCAAAAGGGGAUAUACCAGAAUCCCAAAAACAAAUGCAACUGUUAAACAGCUGCCAUACACCGAAAAGUAACCAGCAGUUCCAUCCUUCUCAGACAUAAGCCAUGUUGUAUUCCGUGGCGCUUCGUUCCAGGCUAAUGUGCACAGAGUUACAGCCAAAGCCUCUGAUGAAACUCUCUUUAAAACAUCUUCCAGAGAAAAGCAGAAACCAUUUCAGUCUAGACUCUUCAUAGCACAUGUAGCCAUAGAGAUGUGCAUGCAUGAGUGGAUGAACUAUGAAUGCAGAAGUUCUAUAAUAAAAAGUGUUUAUUUUAAGGAAA